AUGACUCCCCAGGACUCACUAGUCACGAACUCCCUGAGUGGAGAUAAGAAACCGCCGAUCACUGUCUUCGACGAGGAAAAAGCCUCGCCUACCUCGACCGAGGCCGUCUAUGAUGCCGACCAAUAUCUGGGUCAAGCGCCCACUGAAGAAGAGCUGAAUACCCUCCGGAAGGUCCCCGGCCCUGUCUCGGGAUCUGGAUAUUGGUUAUGCACCGUUGAAUUCGCAGAACGUGCAUCCUAUUAUGGUUGUACUUGGGUCUUCCAGAAUUUCAUUCAGUAUCCUCUCCCGCCAGGCGGCAAUGGCGCAGGAGCAUCGGCCCCCGGGUCGGAAAAGCCAGCGGGCGCAUUGGGUCAAGGAUUACAGAUCUCGUCGGCACUCACAUUGCUGUUCAAGUUCCUGGCGUACUGUAUUCCCAUCUUCGGCGGUUGGUUAGCAGACUCAAAGCUCGGUCGCUAUAAGACAAUUUGUAUCGGUGUAGUUAUUUGUGGAGUUGCGCAUAUUAUCAUGGUGGUCGGUGCGAUUCCGAGCAUCUUACAGGCUGGCCAUGGCAUGGCUCCUUUUAUUGUCAGCUUGAUGAUUCUCGCAAUAGGAGCUGGAAUCUUCAAACCGAAUAUUUCCCCGACCGUGAUGGAACAAGUCACAUUUAAGCACCCCUUUAUCAAGACCCUGAAGUCCGGUGAAAGGGUCAUUGUCGAUCCAGAAACUACGAUCCAGCGAUUGACUCUCACAUUCUACGCUCUAAUCAACGUGGGUGCCUUCUUCGGACUGGCGACAAGUUACUCUGCGAAGCGCGUCGGAUACUGGUUGGCCUACUUGCUUCCCGGCAUUAUUUACUUCUUGAUGCCGAUCAUCCUUGCACUGGUCUACAAGAGAACGAUCAAGUCACCCCCGCAAGGCAAUAUCCUGGGUGACACCCUACGCGUAAUCAAGCUAGCAAUCAGAGAGAACGGCUUCAGCAAGUUCGGAUCGAGGGCUUAUUUCGACUCUGUGAAGCCAUCAGCACUUGCAAGCCGAGGCGUCGCAUCCUACAAUGGGAAGCCAAUCAACUGGAGCGACGGGUUCGUAGACGAUGUGCGACGCACCCUCGUAGCCUGUCAGAUCUUCUGCUUCUACCCAAUUUACUACCUGAACAAUGGAGGAAUCGGAAGCAUAACCAACUCCCAAGCCGGAUCAAUGACCACAAAAGGCGCCCCAAACGACCUGGUCAGCAACUUCAACCCACUCACCAUUAUCAUCGCCUCCCCAAUCCUAAACUACGUCGUGUACCCAUUUCUCCGUCGACACCGCAUCGAAUUCGGCCCCAUCAAACGAAUCACCCUGGGCUUCAUACUAGCCGCCCUAAGCUGUGUCAUCGGCGCCCUCCUCCAAUGGCGUGUAUAUGAAACCUCUCCAUGCGGCUACCACGCAACAGAAUGCGACAUCGGCAGCGGCGUAUCCCCCCUCUCCGUCUGGGCCCAGAUCCCCAUGUACGUCCUGCAAGCCCUGUCGGAACUCUUCGCCGUCGUCAGCGGCUACGAGCUGUCGUUCUCGCGGUCCCCGAGAAGUAUGCGCGCUUUGGUCGUCGCUCUCUUCCUCUUCAUGUCGGCCCUCUCGUCUGCCAUCAGUCAGGCAGUUAUCCCGGCGUUGGUCGAUCCGCAUCUCAUCUGGCCAUUUGUGGGGACGGCGGUUCCGGGGGUGCUUCUUGCGGUGGUGUUUUAUUGGAUGUAUCGAGAUCUAGAUAAGGAGGCGUUCUUGCGGGAGGAUUCGGAUAUUCAGAGGGAUAUUUUGUCAGAAAACGAAAAGGAGACGAAGUGAUGUUAGUGCAUGACUUUGGGAUGGGCUUGGAGUAAGGUGGUAUUUUGGCAGGCCAAGUUUCAUGAUGGAUGGGUAUGGCUUCUCUGCUGUCUUUGUUGGCAGUAUUUCAGCAUAGCGAAAU